AUGCUAUUAAUCAAGAUAUAUUAUGCCUCUUAUAGCUGCUGGUUCCAGUCACAGAUGGUGGUGAAUCGCUUUGAUCAGACAGAACUCAUGCCAAUAAAAGUGAGCUUACUUCUGAAGAGCGUAUACAACACCGUGCAUGAUUGAUCAGACACCAACAGACACACUAUACAUCGGCGGCCUCGAUCAGAGAGUGACUCGCAGAGUACUCUACGACUUGUGCAUCCAGGCUGGACCGGUCGUGAGGGUGCACAUCCCAGAAGAGGGAGGUGUCCAUCGAGGAUACGCCUUCUGCCAGUUCACUUCUGUGGAGAGUGCAAUAUACGCACACAACCUGUUCCAGGAACUGGUGCAGCUCUUUGGCCGGCCCCUGCGCAUCAGAUACUCACACGGUGGCAGCACAGCAUGACAGCCCCCAGAAGAGACAAAUCGUUGCAGCGAUUGCAGCGGUGACCAGUGCAGCAGCGGGAGAGUGCUCCUGAGAACCAUGGGGCAAGGUGGGCUCGAGGACGAGGAGACACUGCAGUGCCUGUCAAUGCACCAGCCGUGGGCGAGCCUGUUGGUGCAUGGGAUUAAGCGGGUGGAGGGACGCAGCUGGCCUACUGAUCACAGGGGCCGCCUCUGGAUCGCCUCAACUGCCCAGGAACCCAGCCCUGCCACAAUCCAGGAGAUGAGGGACUUUUAUAGCCACAUCCAUGGACUGGAAAGGAAUGCGCCAGAAUUCCCUCAGCAUUACCCGCGCGGAGUCCUGCUAGGCUGCGUGCAUGUCGCCAACUGCCUCUCGGCGUCGGAGCUGCAGAGCGCAGAUGGCCUGCCGGAAGGGCUCGCGCGGGAGACGGAGUCGGACUUCUGUUUUCUGUGCGAGCGGCCGCGGCGGCUGGUGGUGCCGCAGCAGAUCAAGGGGCAGCAUAAGAUCUGGCCCCUGCCGGCCACGCUCGCCAAGCAGUUUGCGCCGGCACUGAAGCCCGUUCCCCAGGUGGGUGAGAAGCCUUUCAGCUGGAGCAGCUAUGGGCUCGCUGCAGACACGGAAGGGGAGACUAAGCUCGCCAGGCGCCGAUUCCCUGACUGA